AUGUGGAAAAUAAUCAUCAUUUGUCUAUGCUUUGUUGCAGUACAUUCAAAUUCAGGUAUUUAUGAUUAUUUUAUUAUGUACCCUUAACGUUAUGGGUACUGUAUGUGCCUUUAAAUAUAGCAACAUCACUUCCCAGGAACAUACCCAGGAUGCGUUGCGUUUAUGCGACGCGGUUGGAAAACAAGUAUUUUCAGUUUGAUCAGAAAUAUUGGAGGGAUUCAACCGCGUCGCAUGAACGCAACGCACCCAGAAACAUUGAGAAAAAAAAUUAGUUUUCAGACAGCCCUGACUCUCCGAUCUCUGUACCUCCGACUGUCAUUUCAUCUUCCUCAUCCAUCGAUAUCGACAAAGAAUUGGCCGAAAUUGCCAGCUCAUGCCUAACUAAAAAUGAUAACCUAGAAAUGGUAGAAUAUGCAAUUGGACCAAGUCACGCAGCAUUGCUCACUGAGACUCUUAUCAAGUUCGCUGUACAUUUAAUUGCGUAUAGUGAAAUGCGCGCUGCUCUCGGAUUACCUCCUCCAGGACCAUGGAAACACUAUAUAGAGCGGAGUAAAGAAGAAUUUGCAUCUGCAACUCCAGAAGAAUACUUUGAAUUUAAAGAGGAGAGCAAUUCUUGGUUUAGUCUUGAUAGCGAGUUUUUUAUGGAGAAGAAUUUUCCACCAGUUAUCAGAUUUUUGGAUAAACGAUUUCCUGCAAUUCGAAAGAUUUUUAAACAUCGAUUUAAUAAUAUUCAUCGAGCAAAUCCAAUUGAUCGAAAAACUGUUGAUGCGAUUUGGAACGAAUAUUCUGACCAUAUGAAUCCUAACAAUAAAAAAAUGAAUCGUGCAAUUAGGUCUUUAGUGUUUGACGUGUGUCCUGACGAAUAG